AUGUGCUCUUCUGACCUCCAUUACCUGCCAGACAGCCGGAUCAAGGUCGUGAUUCACGCACAGAUUUUCCUUUUGUUCCUCUCAUUUCUCUGCUCCUCUGCCUCCCUACCUCCCUCUGCCUCCCUACCUCCCUCUGCCUCCCUACCUCCCUCUGCCUCCCUACCUCCCUCUGCCUCCCUACCUCCCCCCUCUGCCUCCCUACCUUCCUCUGCCUCCCUACCUCCCUCUGCCUCCCUACCUCCCCCCUCUGCCUCCCUACCUCCCUCUGCCUCCUUUUACCUCUCCCUCCUUCCUCCGCUUCCCCCCCCAGAUCAACGAGUGGAAGCAGCAGAGGCUGCAGCGAGUGCUGGUGGAUUAUCUGCUGAGGGAAGGGCACUUGGAGACUGCUGGGAAGAUGGCCCUAGAACUACAAUUGCAGAGGAGAUCUUCUCCCCUCCGCCAUUCCCCUCCGCCAUUCCCCUCCGCCAUUCCCCUCCGUCAUUCCCCUCCGCCAUUCCCCUCCGCCAUUCCCCUCCGCCAUUCCCCUCCGCCAUUCCCCUCCGCCAUUCCCCUCCGCCAUUCCCCUCCGCCAUUCCUCUCCGCCAUUCCCCUCCGCCAUUCCCCUCCGCCAUUCCCCUCCGCCAUUCCCCUCCACCAUUCCUUUCACCAUACCCCUCCUCCCUCGUUUGUGUUGGAGGAGUGGGUGGACAGUGGCGUGAGUGGGUGGACAGUGGCGUGUACGAGAGCAUGCUUGCUAUCUCCUCUGCUCUGCACCAGCAGGACUGUGCGCCCGCCCUGCACUGGUGCUCCCAGCACCGCUCCCGCUUAAAGCGCCUUAAGAGCGACCUAGAGUUUCGGCUGCGAGGGCAAGAGUUUAUAGAGAGGGUGCGGCAGGGGCAGUUGAAGGAGGCAGUGGGGUAUGCGCGCGCUCACCUCGCCCCCUUUGCUGCGUCGCACCUGCCACAGCUGCAGCAGAUUCUUGCCACCCUCGCACUCCGCUCCUCCACCCAGUGCCCCAAGUACAAGGCCCUCUUCGCCCACUCACAGUGGGACGCACUACAGCAACUGUUCCAUCGCACUGCGUGUGACCUGCAUGGCCUGCCGCACCCCCCUCUGCUGCACAUCUACAUGCAAGCUGGGCUCUCAGUGCUCAAAACCCCGCUGAGUUAUGAGCCCGGGUGUCCCAAGGCGGACCCUCUCUCGCACGCCUCCUUCCGCCACCUUGCGCUGCCGCUGCCCCUCUCCAAGCGCAACCACUCCCAGCUCGUCUGCCGCAUCUCCCACCGAGUCAUGGACUAUCACAACCCGCCGCUUGUGCUGCCCAAUGGAUACGUGUACAGCAAGCAGGCCAUGGAGGAAAUGGCACGGCGCAGCAACGGGCUGGUGACAUGCCCAAGGUCAGGAGAGACGUACCACUACAGCCAGCUUGUGAAAGCCUUCAUCUUUUGA